CCUAUCAAAGAUGGCGGAUUCUCACAAACAUCGCAAAAUCCUAUUCGUUUGUUUGGGAAAUAUUUGUCGUUCUCCAUCCGCUGAAGCAAUCCUUAGACACCUUGUACAGGAACGUGACGAUAGAAAUGAAUGGGAAAUCGACAGUGCUGGAAUUCUUGAUCUCCACGAAGGACUUCAAUCAGACAAGCGAGGAUUGCAAGUGUUAAAGAAACGUGGAAUUAUUAAUAACCAUCGAGCAAGACAAGUUCACGAGGAUGAUUUUCGUCGUUUUGAUGUAAUACUGGCCUUAGAUGACAGCAAUAUACGUGAUCUGAAUGAAUCUUGUAAGCCAACUGAUGGAACUGCGCGAGCAGAGGUUAAACUGUUUGGAACAUACGACCCCAAAGGAGAGCUGAUAAUACACGAUCCUUACUAUGGAGACAUUUCAGAUUUUGAGGUCAUGUUCGAUCAUGUUUACAGAUGCUGUGUAGAAUUUCUGAGACAAUAUUAAUGAAGGAAUCGUCGAUGUUUAACCAUUAGGUCUAUAAAGUGUUAUAAUUUAAUCUUAAAUCAUGACAAGCUUCAGUUGAACAAGGCACAUAAGAAGUAGCGUGGGAUAUUAUCUUUAGAUGUUUAUUCCGAAGGCGGAUUGCCCCCUGUUUAAGAACCUUCCCUUAUAAUUGGGGUAGAGCCAAUGAAAUCGGAGAACAAACAUCCAAAAACUUACCAAAUCACUACCAAAAACGAAGAAAAUCUAAGUGUAACUUAAUUAUCUCAACGACAAUAAUUAAAGUCUUAUCUUACUGACAAUAGAGGGGAUGUAUAAGGGAUCAAAGGCUACAAAUUAUAUUCUUUGUCACGUUAUCAUUUGAAUCAAGCCAAAAUUACACCAGAUAUUGGAAAUAAACUACCUAUCUACU